GACCAGAGGGCAGGGCGGCGGGAGCCUGCGUGGGGAGGGGCGCGAGGCGAAGCGAAGCGAGGGGGCAGCUGCGCGCCGGCGGAUCCGUCUGGUGCCGCUGCGCUGGCGGGCAUGGAACUGCGCCCCAAACUCCUCGGCGGGACUGUGGCGCUCCUCGUGUGCCUGGGCGGCUGCCUGAGCCAGACCCCUCCGCAGGCGCGCACUGGGCGGCCGGGCGGCAGGAGCAAAAACUGGUGUGCCUACAUAGUGAACAAGAAUGUGAGCUGUUCUGUGCUGGAUGGCACUGAGAGUUAUGUUCAAGUUCAAUACAACUGUGGCUGGAACCAGAUGCCCUGCCCACAAACCCCAACUUAUCGUACAAAUAUCAGACCUAGAUAUAUAACAACAUACAAGACAGUAACAGAAUUGGAAUGGAGAUGUUGUCCUGGGUACAUGGGUGUAGACUGCAAAGAAAGCACAGCUCCACCAUCAAGAAAAGCUGUUUUCCCAGCAGAGUUACCACCGAAUGAUGCAAAGACAAGCCCGGACUCUAAACCAAGGUUACCGCAACAUGAAUUACAGGAUAAAAAAAUUCAGGACCUUGAAGAUGAAUUGUUCCGCCUUACACAGACAGUCCUUGAGCUUCAGUCCUCCUUAACAGGGGUUAAUGAUAAUCUAAAACUUGCAGUGCAAGAAGAUGCAAGUCAUACGCGUGUCUCGUGGCUGAACAAUCUUCGUGAUCAUCCUGGCCCUGGCAGUGAUGCUGAGAAAGGAAGAGACACAAUUCAUCCGUCUAAAAAUAAAGAUGAAAAAGAUCCUUUUACUGAAUCUGGAGCAGAGAACACACAAUCAGAAAUAGCUCAGGUGAAAGAUGCUUUGAAGGUCGAAAAUGACAAGCAGGAAGAACUAAAUGGGAAGGUGAAUGGUUAUGAAGGGCAAUUAAAACUACUCCAGGAAGCAGCUCAAGGCCCAACCAUAAUGAUGCCUAGUGGCCAGUUAUAUCACGCAUACAUUGAUGCUAAGUUUGAGGCCCUGAGACAGGAAAUAUUGGAAGGGUUUGAGAAAAAAAUGUCAGAUCUAAAAAAUUCAUGUGAAUACAAAUUGAUGGAUAUUCAGCAACAUUGUGAUGAUCUUGAAGCCAGCUGUUUAGGAAUAAGAGAACUUAUAGGAGAAAAAGAAAAUGAUCUGAGGAAAGAAAUAAAAACUAUUCAGACUCUAAUCCAAGAACCAUUUAACCAGUCAUUUUGCUGCAACAGUGCCAAAAUGGAUGACUUUGGGCAGCAGGUAAGACAACUGGAAGAGAAGAUUGACAGAACUGCAGAAGCAAGCAGGAUUUUAAACACCAGAAUAGAUAAUGAAAUAAAGCAUACUUCCACUCCAGAUUUAGGAAGUAACUUUGAUGCAAAAUGGGAGGAACUGGAAGCAAGGAUCAAUGUUACAGAGAGAAAUGCUGAGGAACACUGCUUUUACAUUGAGGAAACUCUUCGUGGUACUAUAACUACUGAAGUAAAUGAUGUGAGAAACUUACUUGAGCAAAAACUGCAGGCACUGGGAAAUCGCCUGGGAACCACUAUUCUAGAUAUUACUAACGUUGCAAAUCCAGAAGAGAGAGUUACUGGUCCAGGAUCUAUUUCACAUAGUGACUCAAGGUUUGAAAAUGAGCCGCUUGCAUCUGAGAUUAACUUUUUGAAGCGCAAACUACAAGACAUUGAAAACAAUUGUGGGCAGAAAUGCCAUUCUUUAGUACCACAGAAUUUGGAAGGACUCCAGAAAGUCCUAGAAAAUUGCAACAGCAAAUAUGAUCUGUUGCUUUUGAAAACAGGAAAUGAUACUGUUCGUAUAAAUUAUUUAAAUGGUUCUUUAAAUGACAACUUUAAUUCAAUUAAAAGCAAUCACCGUGACAUCCAGAGACUUCAAAAAGACUUGCGAAUAGUUCGCUAUGGCAUAAGUGCUCUUGAUAAAGAUAUAAAAGCUGUCCAAGGUGGCUUGAACAGCUGCAGAGAGCAACUUGUGGGUAUCAAUUCUACGUGUGAAAAGACACAGGUUGGUGUGUUCAAAAAGAUAAAUAAAAUACAGAAAGCAGUUAACAAUCAAACAGCUCACCAAAACAAUAAUUGCUGUAAUGAGUUGAAAGAGAAGCUGGAGCAGUUAAAUGAGAAAGUGUUUUACGACACAAACAAAUGCAAAGAAAAAAAUCCCAGUGUAUCGUACUUGGAGAGUAGAGUGUCCCAUGUUGAAAAAGCCUGCAGCAGACUAGACAACAUGUCUGGCAGCCUUCAGAAGAUAAAGGAGGGAUUAAACAAACAUGUAUCCAGUCUUUGGAACUGUGUCAAUCAGAUGAACAGAACUGUGACAUCUCAUUCUAAGGAUAUUUUGGGCCUCAACAAUUCUGUGCAGCAUUUCCAUAGCCAGUUCCACAAAUUCAACAUCGAUGUUGAGAAUCUUAUGAAGACUCAACCUGCUACUCCAGAAAAGCCAGCAAGACUUCCACCGAGGAAGCCACAAGGAAAUGUUCCGCUGACACCAUCAGAUCCAAGAAUACCACUACAACCAUUACAGCCAGGAGUACCUCCAGUGUCAUCAAAGCCAAGGGCACCAUUACAUCCACAGCCAUCUGAACCAAGAAUACCUGUACAGCCGCCACAUUUAAAUAUACCUUUGCAGCCAUCUUAUCCAGAAAUAAUCAUACAGCCACCAUUACAGGGAAUCCCUUUGCAUCCAGUAGAUCCCAGCACUCCUCUACAGCCAUCAUUACCAGGCACUUCACCCGGCUUACCUCCCUUGCCUGGUUCAUCUGGGAUAUGGAUGGAAACUGGGCAGGCAGGCCCUCCUGGUACUCUUUUAAUGACAGGAAGAGGACAGUCAAAAAGUAUAAAUGGUCUGAAUGGACAAAAUAAUGUGGGUGCUUCUGAAGGUUAUGCUGGAGCACCAGGAUAUCCAAAACCACCACAACAUCCAUCUGCAGCUACACAAGGAGCAGCUAUUACUUCGCUGGUAUCAUUCUCUGCCGGUCUCACACAGAAACCUUUCCAUGAUGACAUGGGUGUAGUGCAUUUUAAUAAAGUGCUUGUUAAUGAUGGCAACAACUAUAACCCUUCUACAGGGAUCUUCACAGCUCCAUAUGAAGGUCGUUAUCUUAUCACUGCUGUCCUAGCUCCCGAAAGGGAUGAAUACGUUGAAGCUGUGCUGUCUGUUUCCAACGCAAGUGUCGCUCAGCUCCAUACAGCUGGUUAUAAGAGGGAGCUGCUAGAAUAUCACAAGCCAAGACCAGGAAAACGAACUUGUGGUGGAACUGGGGCUUUCAAUCUUGUUCUUCACCUCAAUGCUAGAGCAGAAGUAAGCAUUGUUGUUACUGGGGGGAUGCUGGCCUCCACAGACUCUGAUGAAAUGUAUUCCACUUUUAGUGGAGUGUUUCUAUAUCCUUCUGUUUCUCAUGGGUAAGGUAUGUGAGCAGUAGGUAGGGUAGGUAUCUGGAAGAAAGCAAUAAAAUGGCAACCUGUUCUA